AACUGUCAGACAAUCAGCUGUGAUCCUGUGUGGCUGGCUCGUCCCGUUUUGUUUUGAGUGGUGUUUUUUUCGCAGCAAUCCGAAGCUUUCCGUAUCCGCGGAACUUACCAGAAUGACCAUGGAGCCUGAAGGUGGCUCAUUGGAGGCAGAAUCUUUGAAACGAAAGGAGCGGCUCAGAAACUUGCGGAAAAGAGCUGCAGCGGAUCAAGAAUCGGAGGAAGGGGACUCGCCGGAUGAACAAAAGCCAGUUUUUCGAAGCUAUGCCCCACAAGAUAAAAGCAUCGGCGACGUUGACACGAAAAAGGGGAAUUAUAUGAACUACAUCGAAGAAGAAGUGAAAGAGCAAAUUGAGUCGUCAUCUACGCCUAUUUUAACGGAGGAGGUAGACAUAAUCAAUCUAGCACCACGUAAAGCCGACUGGGAUUUAAAAAGAGACGUUGCAAGGAAACUGAGUAAAUUAGAGCGAAUAACACAAAAGGCAGUAGCAGAACUCAUCCGCGAGAGGAUGAAAAACAACGAUGUAGACAUCUUCCAAGCAGUAAACAUUUCCACUUCAAUUAGAAAGGAUUGAAUGAUAUCAUUUUUAUUUUGCAUUAUCUCAAAUCAUUUUUUCAAUAAAAUAAAUAAAUUAAUUCUAAAAGACUUA